AUGAGACGACUUGACGGAAAGAUAGCCAUCGUGACUGGUUCUUCCAGCGGCAUAGGCCGUGCGAUUUCACUAGAGUUUGCCCGAAAUGGUGCUAAAGUGAUCUGCGCAGAUUUGACCGAGAAAGCCCGUGCUGAUGUUGCCUCUGAACUGGCUAUCACAACGCACGAUCUGGUCACAAAGGAAGGCGGAGUAGCCGAGUUCUUCAAGGUUGACGUUACCAAAUCCGAAGAACAAGAGGCUUUAGUGAAAUAUGCUGUCGAAAGGUUUGGCAGACUGGAUAUAAUGGUUAAUAACGCCGGUGUUGCCAUGGAAGCCAAGGAUCCCCAACCUAUUUGGAGCUUCGACCAAACCGUCUUUGAGAAGGACAUUAAUAUCAACGUGCUUGGAGUCUUGCUUGGAUGCAAGUAUGCUUCCGCCCAGAUGAUUAAACAAGAUCCUCUCCCGUGUGGCGACAGAGGCUGGAUCUUGAAUACAGCCAGCGUUUUUGGCCUGGUUGGCAGCCCAGGUAUCGCUGGUUAUGUGACAUCCAAGCAUGCUGUGAUGGGACUUACCAAAGCAGCAGCAUGGGAUUGCGCGCCGCACCGAAUCCACGUGAAUGCUCUGUGUCCUGGGUAUACGGAAACGGCCUUUAUAGCUGGUCUUGAAGGACAGAACAGAGCCCAGGUGGAAGCACUCCACCCUUUCGGAGGGCUAGGCCGUCCGGAAUACAUUGCGAGAGCGGCCUUGUUCUUGGUUUCAGAAGAUAGCAGUUGGGUGACGGGUAUAGGCUUGUUCUGGUCCAUGGUCAUUGUAGCUUCGGAAGCGCGUCACCUAGGAUCACUGAAUAUGCCGCUUCGUCAAUCGCCUUCCAAUCCCAUCUCUUGUGCUGCUGGCCCAAGUACCAGCUUUCAGAAGCAGUGCAAGCGAUCAAGGAUCUACAGGAGCAGGAAUAGUCCUGUCAUUGCAGUUCUUUAUCGUUUUUACCUGGAGUUCCACCAAAACCUCGCCUCGCUGAAGAAAAGCGCUGAAGACGGCUGCGACUUUUGUCAUCUUUGCUGGACAAGCUUCAGACGGGAAUGGUCAGGUUCUGAGAUUGAAUCUGUCCUCAAAGACGAAGUUCCGGAAGGGGUUACUAAGUUUGAGCCGGGUAUUUGGAUUUAUGUCCACUUUACAGACUACAGUCCCUCUCUGACUCAACCGCGCAUCAUCGUAUCGUGCGGGAGAUACAACCCUAUCACUUCUGUGAAGGAAAGCAGCCAUGGACUUAGCUACAUCAACCUGACCGUUUAUGGCAAAGAGGGAACUGUGGCAGGUUCUCGAACACCUGGACGGAUCUGCACAGCAGACUAUGAGCCUGACUCAUAUCUCACCUUAAUCCAACGUUUCCUCGAAAGAUGUACAAAGUCCCAUCAAGCAUGCGGUGCUGAUGUGACGUAUGACAUGCCCACCAGGGUCAUCGACGUUGGCAACAGGAAGCAAGGAGACCUUCCACGACUUGUCGUUACUGACCAGAGCAUGAAGGAGAAAUAUCUUGCCUUGUCCUAUUGCUGGGGGCCCGGUACAGACACCUUCACCCUCAAUCACAAGACGAUGGAAGAAAUGCUAAGAGGCAUCUCCGAGUCUCGACUCGUAGCCGCACAUCGCGAUACGAUAGCGUUAUCCCGACAGUUGGGUAUCCAAUACAUCUGGAUCGACGCUCUAUGCAUAAUCCAAGGCGACAAAGAUGACUGGGAAAGUGAAUCAAAACUCAUGGCGAAGGUAUAUGGCCACGCAACCCUUACUAUCACCGCAGGGAGAUCAGGCGAUGCUCGAAACUCCUUCAUCGCCAAUAGUUACAAACAACCUGCUCCUUGUUGCGAGUUUCCUCUUGCAGAUGGCCAAGGUGGGAAUGUUAUUGUUGGGCCAUUGAGAUCCGCUGACUAUGGUAUUACUGAGACUCGCGGAUGGUGUUGUCAAGAAAAGAGACUGAGCCGUCGAAUUGUGUUCUUCGGCAAAGAGCAGCUCUUUUUUCUGUGUCGAAGCUCCGGUUACUCGGAAGAUCGCAGCUAUCAGGAGGGUAAAUCUAUCUUACUACACAGCUUUCUAAACAUUGGUAGCGGGAAUACGCAAGUGAUACGAGAUCGACUCCUUCAGUAUUGGGACGAGAUUGUAGUCGACUUCUCUCGACGCCAACUAUCGAACCCUCAUGAUAUCUUCGCUGCCCUUGCCUCCAUCGCUGCGCCUAUCUCUAAAGCUUUGCAGUCACGUUACCUGGCCGGUCUCUGGGAGUGUGAUCUCGUUCGAUGUUUGUUAUGGAGACCUGGCUAUAGAGUGAGCAGCUUCUUUGGACCCGCAACGAGACCUUUGCCAACUGUUUUUGCACCCGCCCCCGUGAUCAGAGCGCCUUCUUGGUCUUGGGCCUCCAUUCAAGGUGGCGUCAAACCUCUCACACUUCAGCAAUUCCGGAGGAUGAAGACAGAGAGCGAAAGCGGAAUCCCAUUGAUCAGGCCGAAGCAAUAUCGUUGGACUGUAGAUCCUCAGUGUGGAGCUGACACACUACACAUGCCGUCUUGCGAGCUGCAGUUUCUGGGACGGGUUCAAGAAGCCAUUGUGCUCACGAGAACACCGUCUAGCGACUUCAUCGCUUCGCUUCGAAAGCAAAAGAGGCCAGCGGGUACUAUGCGUCGGCCAGUUGUGCUAGGGCGCAGGGAGAUGAAGGAAGGGAGUCUGAAUAAAGAUAUGUCAGCUUUUGUGGCGCUAGGAAUUUUUGACUUUGACGAGGAGAGUAUGGAAGAGGUCUUUUGCUUGCAACUUACACUUGAGGAGGGGCUUAUGAUCUGCAAGAAAGAUGAUGCGACCUUUCAGCGCAUAGGAGUCUUUCAGGCAUGUAAAAUGGAUUGGUUUGACAGUGUAGUAGAGUCGGAAAUUAGCUUGGUAUAA